UUCUCUUAGUUGGCUGUAAACACUGCUCAAAAAAAUGUGUUGCGAAAUUCAACAGGGAUGUAUUUCAUAGUUGUGUUUUUCCUUGUUGAUGUUUUGUUGUUGUUUUGAUUUGUGAUUUUGUAUCAGGUUAAGCUUAUCUGAGGACUACACAUCGCUAUGAGUGCAGCAGAACAAGAUAUUUUAUUAUUCCCUCCGCCACCAUCGUACGAGGAGUGCCGUAAAGGUUACCCACCACGCCAUUCCAACGACCCAGAUCCGUCUGUGUAUCCGGGCAUUCAACACACAGCUCCACAGUGGCCAACAUGUGGCCAAUCUAUGGGGUACGAGGCUCAGCCGGGUUAUCAAGCUGGGUUCCAACCUCUGCUCGGGUGCCAGCAAGGUGCGCCCCCGUUCUUUUACCAAGAUCAGCCUUGUUACCCAACGCCACAUUCGUACACAGACAGACCUUACCCUCAGGGGUCACACAGUGGUCAGCAGCCUUACGGACAGCAUAUUCCUGGACAGCAAUAUACUAUAACAGAAGUUGUCAUCACACAGCCUGUUCAGUGGCCAGGGAAUGAGGUUACCAUAAAUCCACCACGCGACUACAUGGCUCUCGCCAUCCUGGCAACCAUUUGCGUUUGUCCGAUUGGGUUUGUCGCCAUCUUCCACGCGUCGUCCGCAAACGAGUGUGCGAAGAAAGGUGACAUGAGGAAUGCAAAGAUAUAUGCUGAUACCGCUAAACGACUGAUCAUUGCAAGUUUCGUACUUGUGGGAAUCGCCAUCAUACUCGGCAUUGUUGUGCGCGUCCUUCGUGGCUAGUAGUCAUUGAAACUCAGUGUCCGUACAAUAUUCUGAACAACAUGAUAUAAGCGGAGGCCUAUCGGCCCCAUUACAACAACAAAUUGUGUGACCGCAAUCUCCGGCUGCGUGCGUGGCACUGUCCAGUUACUCACGUGAAAACAAAAUAUACAUUUUAAACCUGUCAACUGUAACGUGUGCAAAUUCUGCCGGGAAAGUGUGCAAAAUCACCUGGCAAAAUGUAACGACGUUAUAUGACGCAUGUAACAGACCUCAGCCCGCCAUUUGCGUGGGCUUAUGCAACCAUCAAUGAACCACAUGCCUACCCAAGACAUUACAAAUCAGCGAAACGAGCAAUGGGCCAUUACUUGGUGCGUUCUUCUCGUCUAGUUAGACGUUGGUGUCUGUUUGUAUAUCUAUUUUGGUAGAGACUGUACUGAACUUGAUGCAAAACAAACAUAAAUUAAUACUAUCCUUAGUAAUAUAUCUUAGGCACAAUGUGACAUUCGGGAAGGCAAUCUUUACUGAAAAAAAAACACAUUUGGACAACAUUUUCCACCUGAACUGGAUUUUUUCUAAAAGUAACUUUCUUUUAACUAAAAACAGCAUAUAAGCGGUAGUGUUAUUCCUGAUUAUCCUGUGCGGACUUAACUAUUCGUCAAAGUGAUUGCUAUGUUAACUUAAAUUAAUUAAUUUCAUAUUGUUAACAUUUAGGAUAUGUGAUUUAAGUUUGUAUUUUUUUCUCAUUUCGGAUAGUGAAGUUGUAUCUCAGGCAUGUAAACAUACGGGUUGAUAUUACUUUGGUUGCUUACCAUUAUUUAAUUGGCAGAAGCUUGUACAGAUUUAAUUGCGGCCUUUUUUAGAUUAGUAUGAUGUGAUGAGCAAAGGUCAAGUCAAAGCUAUAAGUCAAUCCUCCCAUAUCGGACAUUCAACCCAAGCACAUUGUAGCAUAACGUUGUCAAGCAUUAAGAUAGUUGAAGUGAUUAGCAAGCUUCCUUUCCUCAAUCAAAAGCUUAGGUUUAUACAUCACAUAUACCGGAUAGUAGUGUGCUAAAAUAUAUUAUGUCGACAUUAUGCAUAAAAUGCAACCAAUAAAGCAUAUGCGUUUAUAUAAAUUUUGACGUGUCUAUUUUACUGGUUCUGUUGACCUCUGCCUAGAGGCCUUGUGAGUUUAGUGAGUUUACGAAAUUCUGAUAGAAAAUGCAAUACAUUUUCAAAUGUAUAUCAGUAUAGCUUAGUGAGCAUUUUGUUAUCUUUGUCAGUCUAUUAGUUAUAACGUUCAGUGAAAGAAACAAUCAUAACGAUACAAUCGAGUUGGUUGUACAUGAAACUAUUAUAUCAAAACAACGUUCAAAGAUAUUCAUAAUAAUGAGACUUAUAACGACAGUAUGCUUUGCAAUUAAGCUUGCAUGUUAUUACAAAUCAUUUCUAUUAUUGUGACAGUAUUAUGGAGUGCAUGGUGGGUGAUCAUUUACAAUCUUGACAUGUGUACUUACUAUUAAUCAAUCAAGUCCGAAUUUUUAAUACUAUUUUAUUUUUUCUUAUUGAAAUGCGGUAAUAACAAUUAAUUGUGCAACAAACUCAAAAUGGUAAUUGUUCUUGUGUAUGUCAUUUCAACACCUCAUCGCUUUGAUGCUUCUUACUGUGUAUAGUUAGUCAGAUACGUGGUAAAAGCUAAAUAAUGCAUUUUACUAUCUCAUUUACUAGGAUACUAACUUCUUUGUACUAACAUUCGAUUUCAUUUCAUUUAAAAAACUAUAAUAUUAUUAUAACACAUAUGAGACUGUUAUAAAAACAUAACCCCAAUAAAAAAUAUGACCACACGGUGUAUUUACGUCAAUGCGACUGCUAAAUCAAUGUGUU